AUGAGAAACCUAUUAAAACAUAAAUAACCCAAAUAGAUCAUUGGAUUUAUUCUGCUCGUAUCUUUGCUAAUAGCAAAAGCUGAUUUAGCAGAGGAGAUUUAAGUUGUAGAUCAUAAUGAGAUUAUGAAAGAAAAAAUGAUUGAUAAAGUACAUGUUUUUGAUGGUACCAAUCAUGACUAGUUUUUAACCCCGAUUUGCAAAAUGGACUAGGAAUGUCAGGAUUUUCCUUUUGAAACUUGUAACACUAAAAGCGGUUAAUGCCAGCAUAAGGAUGUAUUUCCUAUUCUUGGUUCCGAAUUCAUUGGUCUCUUCCUUUUGAUCGUGAUUAUGUCACUUUCAACAAUGGCAGGGAUUGGUGGUGGAGGAAUAGUUAUCCCGUUUUGCAUGACAUUUUUCGGCUUCCAAACCAAAAAUGCAAUAGCUUUGUCGGGUUUCACAAUUCUAGCUUGCUCUGUAACAAGAUAUAUUUUCUCAAUCAAUGAGAAACAUCCUGAGAAGGAUGCAGUAAUUAUUGAUUAUGGUUUAGCUACAAUUAUGCUACCAGUUGUAAUGAUGGGAAGUAUGACUGGAGUCUUGAUAAACAUCAUGUUUCCAAGUUUACUUCUAUCUAUCUGCCUGACUCUUGUAUUAACUCUUUUAACCUUUCAAGCAGCAUUCAAAGCGAGAUCAAUCUAUCAAAAAGAAACAAUUAAGAUUCUGCAAGCUAAAAAAGAAAAAUAAAAACUUGCAGAUAAUGAAAAAGAUGAGGAUAUAAAAAGUUUUAACAAAUUUAGAGAAUCUGUUAUAAGCAAUUAAUCAAACAAUGCGGAUGAUGUUAAUCUUUAAGAUCUCUCUGUUAAAAAAGGAGAUGGUUCACAUUUAAGUAUCAUUAGUAGAAAAAAUUCGAUGAGACUCCAUUUGAAUCAUUCACUUUCUAUAUUCGAUAAAUACGAUUAUGAGGAGAGAGUUCAAAGAGGUGUAUUAAGAAACUAUCUACUAGACUAUGAGUAUAAGCAUAACUAUAACUUAAGAAAAAAUCAAAUUAUUGAUCUUUCUCCUAUUAGCAGAGCAAAGUCACUCAAUUGGAAACAAGAUGAUCCACUAAGUGAAUUAGUCGGAAUCCAACUUGGUGGAACUUAAGAAGAAUAAAACCUUUUGAAUGAAUUACUCAAAAAGGAAUAGACUCAUCAAUAAUGGGAUAAGCACUUUGUAUGUUUUGUCUGUUUGAUCUGCAUGCUAGCAGUUAAUCUGCUCAGAGGAAGUAACAAGUUUCAAUCAAUAAUUGGGCUUUAAAGAUGUAGCAACAUUGAUUGGUCACUACUCUUGGCUUUCUUAAUAAUAUGCGGCAGCCUGUCUGUUUAUUCAAUCAAAAGAGUAUGCUUUGAGCAAGCCUUAAAAAUCAAAGUUGGAUAUGGAAUGGCUUAAAGUGAUGUUAAAUUCACUAAAGCAGCGAUUAGCAAGCUUGUAAUAUUUGCAUUCGUUGGAGGCUGGGUGUCUGGAGCACUAGGUCUAGGUGGUGGCGCCAUAUUUAAUCCAUUACUCUUAAGUAUGGGUGUACCUCCAUCUGUAUCAUCUGCCACUGGAAUGUAUAUGAUACUUUAUUCAACAUCAGGAUCUAGUUUAAUAUAUGUAAUGUACAAAAUGCUUAACAUGCAAUUCAGCUUUUGGAUUGGUUUCUGGUGUUCUCUCGGAUCCCUAAUGGGGCUUUAUCUUCUUAAUAAAGUAGUGAAAAAAUUUGACAGAUAAUCCCCUGUUGUAUUCUUACUAUCAUUCAUUCUUGGACUUUCAGCUCUUUUAGUGCCAUUAUUUGGAUUUAUGGAUCUAGAAAGCAAAAUGGAAAAGGGCAUCGAUAUUAUGAAGUUUAACUCAAUUUGCUGA